GAUUGACAAUCACUUUCAAACGCAAAUCCUCUUUUUAGCAAAUCCUAAUAGACUUUUAAUUUUUUCUAGAAAUCUACUGAAAUUGUUUAUUUUAAUGAACCGACUUUAAUUAUUGGAGAUCAUAUGAAGAAAAGCGUCUUCACGUUACUUUUUUUCUAUCCAAAUUAGAAUUAAACCCCUAAUUUAUUAAGUAAGUUUGUGUACAAUAUUUGGAACUAAUAAUUUUUUGAACAAAAUCGAUACCCUCUUGCAGUAAUUUUCAACUGGCAUCAUAAUGUAUAAUGGAAUAGGAUUACAAACCCCUCGUGGGUCUGGUACAAAUGGUUAUGUUCAAAGGAAUUGGGCAUCGGUGAGACCUGCAGAGAAAUCGAAAGCGUACAGAACUGAAGAGGAACUGGGUGCUCUAGAUACAGCAAGUAAUCGCCAACCGAAUAAAGAAAUUUUGGACCAUGAGCGUAAAAGAAAAAUAGAACUGAAAUGUGCUGAAUUUGCUGAUAUUUUAGAAGAACAAGGUUUUAGCGAAGAAGCUGUGGCAAAUAAAGUAAACAACUAUAGGAAUAUGUUAAACAAAGGAGGAAAAAUAGAAAAACCUCUUGGACGUUGGAGUAGACCUAGUGUCACCGAGACGCAUCAAGUAGCCGAAGCGCAGCAAGAAAAGAAUGCUAGACUGCGCGAAGCAUUCGGCAUAUCAGAAUAUUUCGUAGAGGGCAGCAGUUUUGAUCCUGACCGUCAGGCGAAGGAAAAACUGGCCGCAAGCGCAGCCGCCGCCGAAAGAGAGAAACAACGGGCUUUAGAGAAAGAAAAAGAAAAGCAGGAUGCGGGCAGAUACGAAUUGGUGAGAACACCGAGUCCGGAGAAAAGCGACGACGAGGAGCCAGAAGCCACAGGCAAAGUGCGCAGUCCCAAAAGGAAGAAGAAAAGGAAACAGAAAGAUAACAGUCCUUCAAGUGAGGAAUCAAAAAAGAAAAAGAAGAAGAGGAGUAGGAAAAAGGACAAAUCCGCGAAGUCUAAAGACAAGAAGAAAAAGAAGAAACGCCGAGAGGAGUCUUCUGACGAAUCGGAUUCCAGCUCUGACAGUGGUUCUGACGACGACGAUAGAAAAAAGAAGAAGAAUAAAAAGAAAGAGAAAAAACGAUCUAAAAAGAAGAAGCGAAGCUCAUCGGAAAGCUCUGAUAGGAGUUCUCCAGAUACAAGGAAAAAGAAAUCUGAUAAAAAAGACAAGGAUUCUCGAGACAGAAAAGAAAAAGACAAACGAGACAAAAACUCUUCAAGAAAAUCUAGAAGGGAUUCAAGAUCAGUUUCAAAAGAGCGGCGCAAUUAUUCAAGGGAUCGAUCCAAGGACAAUCCGCCUAGAAGGAAAGAUAGAAGCCGCACUCCUAGAAAGCAUUCUGGUGGGCGCAAUGAAAAAAAUGAUAACGAGAACCAUAGAAAUGACAAGAAUAAAUAUAAACACGGCAGAAGGUCAACUUCAGUAGAAGUUCGCAAACGAACCCCUGAUCGUAAAAAAUCUAGAAGUAAAUCUCCUAUAAAACAUUCUCACAGGUCUCGGAAGUCAGAAUCGCCCGUUUUAAAGAGGGAAAGAUCCGUAUCUGUAGAAAAUUCGAAAAAAUCGUAUUCUAGAAGAGGCGCGUCAGAAGAAGAAUCUGACAAAUAUAAAGAAAGUUCUCGCAGGCGUGAUAGAAAUGGCAGAAAUAGUAGAAAAUCUGAAGAUAGGAAAGUAUCGCCACAUCGAACUAGGAACGCGUCAUUUUCUCCUAAACGAAGGGACCGAUCAAGAUCUAUCUCUAAGUACAAAGAAAAGAACAAAAGAUCGUCUCCAGUACAUAGAAAUAAAAGUUCUGUAAAUAAUGAAAAAAUGCACAUGGAUGGAAAUAAGGACAGACGAUCGAAAAGUAGAUCAAGAUCACCAAGGUAUCGAUCGACCGAAAGAGAUUAUUCAAAAAAUGAAAAGUAUGGAAGUGAUAAAUAUACAAACUAUAAAAGAAAUAGUAACAGUAGGUCUAAAUCCCCGGGUUUAGAAAGGCGCAGUAGUUACAAUAGUGAUACAAAGAGAGAUAAAAACGGAAAAAAUAUAGAGAAAAAUAGAAAUGAAGAUAGGAGUAAGAAUUCUUCAGAUCGAAUUAAUGGCAGAAAUAAAACAGUUGAUAGUAAAAAUGAAGGAAAGGAACGUAGAAGUAGAGAAAGAAGUGUCAGUCUUGAUAAGAAACAUGGAUAUAGCUAUUCAAAGAAUGAUUACAAUCGGAGUGAAGAAAAAGGUUUAAAAACGGUUGGAUAUUCAUCGAAUCGGUCACUCACACCACCUGAAAGGCAUCCUCAUAAGCAUUCUCCCAGAAAGAGAUCUAGAUCUGGAAGUCCUACAAACAACAGACACAAAAGACGUAAAUCGUCCUCUCCAGUUGAUAGACCAAUAACCCGAUCUCCUCCAAAGAGAAACUCAAGAUCACAGAGCCCUUUGGAGCCACCAAGAUCAAAAACGAAAUCUGAGAAGUCUCGUACGAAGUCGCCCAAGGUGAAAAAACCGUUACCCGUUGUAAAAUUGAGACCUUCAUCUAGCGAAUCAGAAGAAUCGGAGAAAAGUGACAAAGAGGAAAUUGAAUUUGACGAAAAGGAAUUGAGAACAUUGAAAUUGUUAAAGAGCGGAUUGGCUGCAAAAGCUAGGGAGGCGUUAGAAAAGAAACGAGAAAGAAAGGAAUCGGUUGUAAGUCCCAUCAAAACUUUAGUGGCAAAAGAUGUUAUUCAUCCCGAUCUGUUCGAUAUUAAAAUACUGCCGUUGAAGAAAGAUGUCUCCAAAUCACCAGAUAUUAAUAAAGAUUCCUUUGAUAUAAAGAAACGCAGCAAUAGUAGAUCAAGAUCCAAGAGUCGGUCUAAAGAUAGAAAAAGCAAAUCUAGAAGUAGAAGCUCUUCUCAUUCAAGUCAUAGUUCCAAGCACAGCAAAUCAAGGAGUAGAUCUAGAUCAUUGAGCCACAGCAAUUCGGACAGUUCGAGGUCUAGGUCUCGCAGCAACAGUCAGUCUAGUUCGUCAGAUAGUUCUUAUAGUUCCAGUUGUUCAUCGAGAAGAUCACGUUCAUUGUCUAUACCACGCCGUCGAGGAUCUCCAAGCUUCUUGUCAAGACGUAGAAUCACCAGUGCUAGAAAAAGACCAAUACCUUAUACAAGAGUUUCGCCCAGCUCGUCUGAAAGUAGCUGCAGUAGCAGCAGAAGUCCUUACUUUGUAAGACACAGGUCUACUACUCGUUCUCGAAGUAAAUCAUUGAGCAGAUCUGUUAGCCGAUCUGUCAGCACCUCUCCGAUACGAUCUUCAAAGUCUCCUUGAAACUUUAGUUCUAUUAGUCAGAUACUAAUCAAGAUAGAUUAUUAUUUAUAAGCAAGUACUAAUUGUGUAGUUUCAAUACAGACGUUCCAAAAUUUUAGUACAAAUAAGUUUAGUGGAAGGUUUUGUUUGUGCAAUAUUUUAGUUAACUUACAACUUUUACUAAUUUAUUAAUGUAAUAAUAAGACUAGUAUGAUAUUAAUAUUUUUAACAAAUAUUUAACAUUGUUAACAAUGCGUGUAUACUGGUGCUUUCAACCAACUGGUUUAUUUUUAGGAUCUAAUUCAUGUUUUCUCUAUCUACAAAUUUAUGGAGGAAAGUGGAAAAUAUUUAAACAAAUACAUCUAGAAAUAACAUUAACUUGAAACAUUCAAAUUUGUAUCUAAACUAGAGAUCCUAAAAAAACGUUUAAUGAACCAGUUCUGUUAAAAACCCUGUAUAUUAAUAUUGUCCAAUACUUCACUCAAAAAGGAAAUAAUUAUAUUUGCAAAAAGAAUAUGUUUUACAAAAAUAAACAAAAACUAGUUAGAGUUAAAAUUUAAAAGGUGUUGAUAUAUUUUUUUCAAUGUAUUUAUCUCAUUAACUAUUAACUUCCAAUGCGCUAAAAGUUGUAUUCUUUCUUGUAACGAAUAAUUGUUGAUAGUGAAACCCAUAACUGUUGAAUAAGUAAUUUAAUAUUAUAUUCUAAAACAUUUUCUUGCAUAGGUUCAUGUGCAAUUAUGAUUUUUAUAUUUACAUUUUCUAGUCUGCAAAUACUCUAGGUGUGA